UACAUAUGAAAUUAGCUGCUACGAGAAAUAUUAAUCCAAAGAACGUAAAUUUCAUAGUUCACAUUGCGACGUUGCUUAUUACUACGUACAUAGGCAUCUACCGCAAUCCUGUAAAGCAUUACAUUCAAUGUAUUUGAAAAGAGUGUCGUCCCGAUAAUAGCUAUAAUGUUAAUAUUAGGUUAAUUCAGAAUUGGGGAAUCACGUAAUAUGGGCCGUAGUCGUACACCUUCACCGGCAAGGAGGAGAGAUCGUUCUCGUGAUCGUGAUCGGGAACGAGAACGAGAGAGAGAUCGAAGAAGAAGACGCUCCCGUGAAAGACGAAGAAGAUCCGUCGAGCGUGAUCGAGUAAAGUCAAGGGAUAGAGAAAGGGAUCGUGAUCGUGAUCGAGAAAGACACAGACGUUCGUACAGCAGAUCAAGAUCAAGAGACCGAGACAGACCUAAACCGAAAGCAAAACCUGCCACAGCGGAACGCCCUAUAAUUACAGAAGCUGAUCUGCAAGGGAAGACACCCGAGGAACAAGAAAUGAUGAGAAUAAUGGGUUUCUGUGGUUUUGACACUACCAAGGGUAAAAAGGUUGAUGGGAACGACGUGGGUGCUGUACACGUUAUUCUGAAAAGAAAGUACAGACAGUAUAUGAAUAGAAAAGGAGGAUUCAACAGACCACUGGACUUUGUAGCAUAAAAUAUGUAAUGCUAUGUCUCUGCGCAACGUACAUACUCUAUAUUAUAUAGGCUUUCCUUGUGGGAAAGCUGCUAUUUUCAGAAAGGUAAUGGGUCAAUUUGAUAUGUGAAUUAUAUGAAAAGUAUUCUUCGAAAAAAUAAAGUUUAUCAUACUGUAGUUACACAAGGCACGUAUAAAC